CUAAUAUUCUGAAUACAGCAAUUGUUGAAGCUAGUGGCAUUGUUUAGAUCUUGUAACUUUGCUGUGUUCUUUGAAAAGCACCUGUUUAUUAAAAUCCUUCAAGCUGGGUCCACACAUUGCCGGUUCAGGGAAAUCCUCUGAACAAUUUCAUAGGGAACUGACGAGUGGGAGUUGCGGCAAUGUAGCAGCCAGCUUAACAAAACCACUGAGGACAGAGUUCAACAGUAAUCUCUUGUAGUCACUUCACAGUUCAUUAGUAGCCGUCACUUGGACACAUGGAUUCUACCUUCUAGUCAGGUUUUUCCAGAGAACCGAAGACUACCCUACAUUAACCUACAUUUGCCAUGGCCAGUCCACAAGCCCUCAAAGGGCCCCGGAGCCAGCCGGCAUCUCCAGAUGGGGGCCGGGGCCGGGGCUGGAUGAUGGUGGGUGCCCUGUUCAUGUGCUCCGCCCUGGUGUUUGGGAUCAUCCGUAGCCUGGGGGUCUUCUUCGUGGAGUUCGUGCUGUACUUUGGGGAAAGUGCCCAGGCCAUCUCCUGGAUCACGUCAAUUGGACUGGCUAUGCAGCAGUGCAUCAGUCCGGUGGGCACAGCGCUGUGUAAUGCGUACGGAGCCAGACCUGUGGUGAUGGCGGGAGGUUUUCUCUCCGGACUGGGCAUCAUCCUGGCCUCGCAGGCCACCUGCGUCACACACCUCUACCUCACCAUGGGCAUCAUCUCAGGUUCUGGAUGGGCACUGGUCUUCACCCCCAUGGUGGCGUCGGUGAUGCAGUACUUCACGCUGCGGCGCUCCCUGGCCAUGGCGCUGGGCUUCACGGGUAUAGGCCUGUCGUCGUUCGUCUUCUCGCCCUUCUUCCAGCUGCUCUUGGAGAUGUAUGCCUGGCGUGGGGCCCUGCUCAUCCUGGGCGGCCUCAGUCUCAACAUGGUGGCCUGCGGGGCCCUCAUCAGGCCCCUGGGGGCCCCCAAGGCUGUAGCAGCGUUGGCCCCGGGUAAACAGGUCUGGUCCUGCUCCUCCAUCCUAUGGCGGUGUUACUCCUACCUGGAGCUGUCUCUCCUCUUUCAGCGGCCUUUCCUCACCUACAGCCUGGCCCUCUCCUUUUUCAACUGCGGCUACUUCGUGCCAUAUGUCCACCUGGUGGCCCACAGUCGUCACGAGGGCUUCACUGAGUACCAGGCUGCCUUCGUCAUCUCGGCCACAGGUAUAAGCGACAUUGUGGGCCGUGUGGUGGCCGGCUGGUCCUCUGACCUGGGUCGCUUCCGCCUCCUCCACCUGCUGACCCUCUGGACGGGCCUGACGGGCCUCUUCCUCCUCCUCCUGCCCCUGGGCUCCAUGGGCGGGACAUCCUACCCGGGUCUGCUGACCGUCGGCCUGCUUUACGGGUUCUGCUCCGGCGCCAUGACCCCGCUGGUGUUCGCCGCAGUGCCGGAGAUCGUGGGCAUGGAACGGAUGCUGGGCGCUCUGGGGCUCCUGCAGAUGAUCGAGAGCUCGGGCGGACUGCUGGGGGCACCGCUGUCAGGUUGGCUAAAGGAUCAGACGGGGAGUUACACCGCUUCCUUUUUGGUCGCCGGGGGAUUCCUCCUGCUGGGUACCAUGGUAACAACCACUCUGCCUCACUUCUGGUCCUGUGCUAACCCGUCCGCUCUCCGGAGAGACACCCAGAAUCAGAGUCAGCAGGACCAGGGUCCCGAAAUCGGCCUUAUGACAAGCUCCAUAUCAGACAAACUGAACUACAUAGAGAACAAACCACACCCUCAACUGGACCAUAAUGGCCUCCAGGCGGAACCGGCCGAGCACAUCACUCUAAACCAAAGCAGGACCAGUGAUGACAAUACCAAAUGCUGAUUGGUUGUGGGGUGCUAGCAACCAUACCUCAUCGAACCAAAACCAGCAAUAAUUAUUCCUUUCAUAUAUUAUGUGCCUGUGAAUCUGACCAAUAAGUUAGCUGAGCUUUCUUCCUUUCUUAUGUACCAAUUUUGUAUAUUACAAUGAGAAACAGGAAACAGUUGCCAAGUGUAUUUUGGCCUUUAUUUACUGUGACACUUAGGAGAACGAGUUAUCAAGUAAGCAGCACUCCAUGAGCUUCCAAGACAGGAAACUAGUCAAAGCACUGCACACGCAUUGUUUGAUCCUGACCAAAACCUCCAGCAUGUUUGCACUGCAACCAAAAAGAGAGUCCCAACCGGGUCACUAAAGCACAGCAGCAUAGUUUGCAUAAUAACCUGAAUCAGGGGUGGGAAAACUUUUUGAUUCAAGGCCCACAUGGGCAUUUUGAAGUUCAACAGAGGGCUGUAAAUAUUUUUUUAUUUGAUGUAAAAUGUGUUUGUCGAAAUCUAUUUUUGCUGGCCAGAAAAGCACAGUUAUUGACACACAUAUAGGUCUAUAAUAAUUAUUAUUAUGUACUUUGCAUCAAGUUUGAGAUGUUUAGUAGAGGGUUUGUGAUUUUAAUAACCACAUAAAACAUAAAUUGGGCCGGAUUUAAUCGUAUUUAUGAUUAUAUUUGCAAAUAUAUAUGCCAUAUUAUGAAAAGCAGCCAGAAUCAGUAUAUUAGCCUGUCUUCUAAUUUGAUUGUAGAAAAAAUGAACAGACCUUCUGAAAUAAAUUAACUGCGAGAUGGUAUAUUAAUUUCUGAAUACAAAUGUGUCUGCCUACCAAGAAUGUGAGCCAGCUGAGCCUAGUAACGUACAGUUACUGUAGCCUAGUAUACAGUUUUAAGUUACUGUAGUUACUGUAACAAUGCACUAAUACUAUAGCUGCUGAGCAAUGCAUUCCAAGCUAGCACCACUAAAGCUAAGGGUAGCUAGGUAGCCAGCGAAUUUAUAAAUAUGUAUAUCUAUUUCAGAUGUUAGGGGAUGAACUUCCAACUUUGUCAGACAGUGAGGGUGAAAACCACAGCGGGAAGGAUUGGUUCACCAGUAAACCAAUGUAUGUUGUAUGUUAGCUAAUAACCAAUAUAAUAUCAACAGGGGCGACAUUAGGGCUCAGCCCCACCUGUUGUCAACAGAAAUAAAUGUUAUUUUUAUUUCUCGAAGAUGACUUCCUAUCAUUUAUCAAUGAAUUUAGCAUCUUCCUGAAUUGCAUUUAAUUUGUGU